AUGCCUCCCGAUGCAAGUGAAAUGGCUGGCUUCUAUCUUCCAAAUAUCCUUCAACGGAAAACACCCCCACAGGCAAAUGGAAAUUCUCCACCUCAGGCUGAAAUGAUAGAGAGGGACAGUCCGCAACAUGGUAGCCAACAAACGGACUCGCAAAAUUUCCCCAACCCAGAUGGCCAUAAGUCGUCAUGGCCAUCUAAAUACUUUGCAUCUGCAUUCGCUACCCGUUAUGGAGCAACCAAAUCUGCAGCCACUUUACCAUCCAUCACUUCCGAGGCCACUGCCAGCCAAGCAAUCAAUCUUCGCACCAGAAUAAGCAGAAACAGCAACAAUAACAAUAUAUGCAAACUCCCAGCUUCAGUAAAACGAAAACCCUCCGAUUCCCCCUGUAGAACCCCGACAAGAAACACAGACCUUCCAAUCCCAACCAUAAUCCACCCCAGCACUCCCAUAUCCCCAUCUCCCUCUCCUGUCCAUUCCUCCCCAACCCGCGCAAAACCCCACUCCACCCUCCGCCCGUCGCAAAGAAGGUCAAUUCUUAAAGUAGCUGCAGACGACAGCGACCUGCGACAAGAGGAAUUAUACCGCCAGUAUACCUCCCAAUCAGACACCCGGGCCAACACAUCGCGAAACGUAAUCCUAACGCUCAGCGACUCCUCGGCCCGAAAUGAUACCAGCCCGCUUCUACCACCCUCCAAACAGAUGUCGCCAACAAACCCGCCGGUCGUUGCGGGUGACAUAUAUACUAUCCAUUCCGCGCUUGGUGAUCGGGAAGCAGAACCUGAGCCUGAGAGAUGGGAUGGCUACGUGGAUGAGAGUGGCGGGCCGGGAAGUAAAGCUUCUAGCAAGAGUGGGAGGUCAUCAAGCUCCGUACACUCCGAACGCGAGAAUUCUCAGGAAAGGAAUAAGAAGAGGAGGAAGAAGGAAAAGAAGGCGAAGAAGAACAAGACCGUGCGCUUUGACCAUAUCGAUGUUCAUAUGUAUGAGGUUGAGCGGGGUGAGGAGCCUCGCUUUCGUUUUUUUGGUCGUCGAGGCGGGGGAGGUGGCGCAGAGGGAUUUGGGAAUGGAAUUGCGAAUGCGAAUGCGAAUGCGAAUGUAGAUGGGAAUGGAAGUAGGCGAGGUCGAGGUGCUGCUUUCAGUGAGAGUGAUCUUGAUAUUGACCGUAGGGAGUAUGUGAUGGAUAUCCCAGAUGUUAUUCAAGGGUGA